AGUUUUAUUGCUCGUGCACACGAGAGUUUUGUGUUGGCUGGGCCAACUCACCAGUUCUCGAACAACAGCGAACCAGUCUGCUAGUGUCUCUUCUGUGUGUAGAAUUGUUUUUGUAAAAUACGGAAGAUUGGUGCAGUUUUUGUUAUCUGAAUAAUUUUGAUAAUGGCCGGCACGAAUACAUGCCGUCUAUGUCGUACUCCCUGCAGUGAAUGUAUUCGGUUGUGCGAUGCGAGUGGCAAGACAAAUGAAAUAUACAGCAUUACUGUCAAAUUCUUUCAUCCAAUGUUUUUGGAAAUCGACAAGGAGACCACAAAAGUCAUUGGUGUUUUGUGUAUGCAAUGUUGGCAUCACAUAUCUGGUUUCAAUAAUUUCCAACAGACGGUUCUUCUACUGCACGCCAAUCUACAUACGGCCGCAGAGAGUGCUAUAUCCCGAAGUCAGUUACAGCCUGAGGGAGGGACAUCGAAAGAUGGUGGGGAGCAACUAGACAUUACAGCCGAUUUGGAAUUACAAAUUAAAGAUGAAUCGGACACAAUUGUAAUACCUGAUGAUGACGCCGAAGAUUGUAAAGAGGUGCCAACGACAAGUAGCAGCGGCCAAUUGACCGUGACAGAUCACACAGUGGAAUUCCAACUAAAUUCGAAUGCUACCCCAAGGGCCCAACCUGAAAUCAUACUGCCUUCUACGUAUGAUGAGCGGAUGCCACCUUUCCAAAUUGGGAACGCAAUGCACAUCGAUGAAGAGUUUUCCGACCAGGAAGGCGAUAUUUUUAUUGUCGAUGAGCUAAAUGAUGACAUUGAAGUCUCAAGCAGUUCAAAUGGCGAUUUGCUGGAAGUGAGCAGUGCACAAUAUUCAUCGAAUGCGGCUAGCGAAAUGAUUUAUCCAGCUAGCAGAAAGAACCGAAAAUCGCCAAAGGAGAUCGAUGAGAUUAUUGCCAAAUGGAGACCACUCUUGAAGUGCGAAGGUUGCCCCGAAUCGUUUCCCACAUUUACACAACUAAAAACGCAUUUCCUUGCCCAGCAUCCCAAUCAGGAGUUCUACGUGCUGUGUUGCGGACGCAAACUUAAAUAUCGUUUUCGAGUCGAAGAGCAUGCCAUAAUUCACAUGAACCCGAAGGCGUUCAAGUGUCAGUUGUGUGGCAAAUGUUUCACAACAAGAUUUACUUUAAUUGCCCACAUUGGCCAAUUGCAUCCCGGUGCAAAGUUAUGCCCGUCGGACAACGAUGAUUCGCCAUUCAAGUGUCCCCAAUGUGGAUUUAAUUGUGGCGACGAGGCAACUCUGCUGGAACAUUCUUCGCUUCACACAGACGAGCAAACAUUUCACUGCCAGUUCUGUAAUAAGUCUUUUAAACGACAAACGGCCCUGUUCAAACACUCAAGACUCUAUCAUUCAGACAAUGGCAGCAAUCCGCCGCUCUAUUUUAAACAGUGUAAAUUGUGUCCGAAGGCUUUUACCUAUCGCACCGGGUUGUAUCACCAUGUAAGGAAAUAUCAUCCGGUCGCAUUUGAAAAUCGCCGGAAAAGAAGAGGUCCGACCAGGGAUACACCGAAUGCAAUGGCAGCUUCGAAUGUCUGUCGCUUAUGCCGAGUAUCGUGCUGUGAUAGCAUACGUCUCUAUGAUGCCCAUGGUGAGGCAAACGAAAUCUAUGCCAUCACUAUAAAAUAUUUUCAGCCCAUGUUUUUAGAAGUUGAAACCGGUGCUUCAAAUCAACUGGCUGUCUUGUGUGCGGAAUGUUGGCAUCAUAUCUCCGGUUUUAAUAAUUUUCAACAGACUGUUCUGUUGUUGCACAUUAAUCUUAAUAAGGCGGCCCCAAGUGGUACCGAAACUUUUUCCCCAGUUCAUUCACACAUAAUGCCAAUAGUGAAAUGUGAACCUGAAACCAUUUCAAUACCAGACGAAGAUGAAUUUCAAGAUAUUGUAGACACAAGUGAAGUUGAAUCCAGCCAUUCCGAUGAGAUACAGUUAAUAGUUACGGACUGUGAAAACCCAGAUGAAACUAAUUUGAAUGCAAUUGCAUCGGAGAAACAACCCCAAAUAAUACCUGAAAAUCCCAAUUCCAAAACACCAACCUUUUGUAACGAACAAAUCACGGAUGUGGACGAAGUCGUCCAUGGCGACAUGGAUAGUGAAGAAAGUUGGGAUAUUGGUUCGAUUUCAAAAUCACAUGAGUCGGAAGCGCCUACAUCCACAGAGGAUGCUAAAAAUGAGGAGAUACCAAAGGAUACAUUUAAAAUCUCCGAUCAUAUUUAUCGACCCGUCAGAAUAAAUAAAUGUAUAUCGAAAAAAGUGGAUGAAGUCAUUGCCAGAUGGAUGCCAAACAUACCAUGCCGUCUGUGUUCCAUAACCUGUAAAACCUUCAAUGAACUGAGACAACAUUUUCAGACAAAUCAUCCCGACGAUGAAUUCUAUUCGGAAUGCUGUGGUAGAAAAUUUAAAUUCCGUUAUCGUAUGGAAGAACAUGCACUCGUUCACUUGGACCCGAAUGCUUUUAAGUGCACGCGUUGCCAUAAACUAUUAACGUCAAGAGCUAAAUUUUGGCAGCACUGUCUUCAAUAUCACAAGAAAAGUUGAUUUAAUGGAGAUAUGAAUCGGAAGAGGAAAGCUUUAAACAAAAUUAGAAGUCUAGGAUUUUUAAU